GAAUCUAACCGAAUUAUUCACCCUUCGAUAAAAAAGGAUUUAAAGGAUAGAGAUUAGAGAGUGAUGAGCGUGCUGAGAUCGUUCACUUCUUUUCUCAGACAAAAUCAGUGCUGCGGAAUUUUCAGCGCCCAAUUGCGAUAAAGCUUGAAUUUUCAUAUAUCCAUCAACAAACUAGAUUAUUUAAUUUUACCAAUUCCCAUUUAAUUACGACGCCCCAAUUUGUUGGAAGUUGAAACCCUAGUUUUGAACUUUCCGUUUUCGAAGACCUCUCUCUAUCAUUUCCGCUAUGCGUUUCAGCUUUCACAGAUUGAACAAUUUUUAAACCCUAAUUCCGCUCUCCGAUCCCUCCAUGGCCACCGACGCCUCCCCGAAAUUUCAGCAAACGGAGCUGAUCCCCGUGCCGCCGCAGCCCGAUUACAGCUCGGCAGUCGCCGGCGUCGAGCACGACGGGCUCCAUUUUUGGCAGUUCAUGAUCGCCGGCUCCGUCGCCGGCAUGGUGGAGCACAUGGCCAUGUUCCCCGUCGACACCAUCAAAACCCAAAUGCAAGCCCUAGGUUCCUGCCCCAUCAAGUCCGCCAGCGUUAAGCAAGCCGUGCAGUCAAUUAUGAAGACCGAUGGCGCCAGAGGCCUCUACCGUGGGAUCGGCGCUAUGGCGCUCGGCGCGGGGCCCGCACACGCGGCUUAUUUCUCCGUUUACGAGAUUUGUAAGAAGAGCUUCUCCGGCGGCAAUCCGGACAACCACAUGGCGCACGCGGCUUCUGGGGUUUGCGCCACCAUCGCGAGCGAUGCUGUGCUCACGCCGAUGGAUAUGGUGAAGCAGAGGCUGCAAUUGGGCAAUAGUCCGUACAAAGGGGUGUGGGAUUGCGUCUCGAGGGUGCUGAGGCAGGAUGGGUUUUGGGCGUUCUACGCUUCUUACAGGACUACGGUGCUGAUGAAUGCACCUUUCACGGCGCUGCAUUUUGCCACUUAUGAGGCCGCGAAAAGGGGUUUGACGGAGGUUUCACAUUCACCGGAAAGCCUCAGUGAUGAGACCUUAAUUGUUCAUGCUACGGCUGGCGCAGCAGCUGGGGCAUUGGCUGCUGCCUUGACCACUCCCCUCGAUGUCGUCAAGACUCAAUUGCAGUGCCAGGGUGUCUGUGGAUGUGAUAGAUUUGUUAGUGGUUCGAUCGGGGAUGUUUUUCGGACAAUAAUAAAGAAAGAUGGAUACAGAGGUCUUAUGAGAGGAUGGAUGCCCAGAAUGCUCUUCCACGCUCCGGCUGCUGCAAUCUGCUGGUCUACGUAUGAAGCAGCAAAAUCCUUCUUCCAAGAUUUAAACGAUAGCAACAACAUUGACAAUGUGACCUAGAAAGCAAAUGCAAUGCACCUUUUCAGUUUGUUGUAUCAGAAACGCUAUAGCAAUAUGAGCAUGGGCACAGGCACGAGCAAGCUAGUCGGGUAAGCACCUUAUGUCAGGGACACUUGGUUUAUACAGAUGCGAGGAGAUAACCCUUAUACCGGAGCAUUUUAUUCAUAUUUAGUGUAGAAAUUGUUCUGUUCCAAUAAUCUGGUCAAAGUAGUAGGGUCUCUUUUCCCCCAUUAUUUAUUUCGUUGAUCACGUAUUUAUGUUACAUGGACCUGUACAGACAGGGCCUUGUGGAGUUUAUGAACUAUGCAGUUUAGCUGCACCAGAAAAUUUUGAUAUGGUCACAAAAGGGAUCUUUGUGGCAUUGUUACUUCUAACUACACAUGCUGAAGCUAAAUAUUGUUUUUCUUCA